AUGGCUCGUCUAGGUAUGAUACAAAUUUUGGCACAAAAACUAAGUGCACCACUUUCACUUGGAUUAAAUGCUAUUCUUAUACAAUUAAUAUUAUACAAAUCUCCGCAUGAAAUGGGAAUGUAUAAGUAUCUUCUUUGUUACAUUUCAGUUUUCGAAGUUAUUUUUGCAUUUUUAACAGUUAUUAUGCAACCGGAUUUUUUCAGUCACAGUUCAGUUUUUCUAGUGAUUGCUAGAAAAGAUAGACUAAAUUUGCCAGUUUCAUUUAUUUAUAUUAUGAAUCUCAUGCUUUGCGGAAUGUUUGGAAUGUCUAUGGCAUUUUUUGCUCUUCAUUUUAUAUACCGGUAUCUAGUAAUAACAGGACACGAGUGGGUAAAAAAUGUUUCAUUUUACAAGCUAACAAUAUUAAUAUUUGCUCCAAUAAUAUAUGGAGCAUUGUGGAUGACAAUAGUGGUCAACACUAUGAAGCCUACGGAAUCGUCAAAUAAAAUUUUGAUGGAGUAUUUUCUUGAUUGUAAAAAUUUAACAGUCGACGAUAUCAAUUAUGUCGGACCAAAUUACUACGAGACUUUUCACGGGGACCCUCAACUAAACUGGGAUGCAUUGAAUGGAAUGCUCUUGCUUGAUAUUAUGGUGGCAUUUUCAGUAGCCAUCAUUAUAGUUUUUGCUAUAAAAUGCUAUAAAAAAGUAAAUAUUCUCGCAAAUUCCGUGCAAUAUUCGAAAGCUUUCCGUGAUCUUCAAUCUCAACUACUGCGUUCAUCAUUAUAG